UUCUCCGGGGCGAAAGAAAGGUGGGUCUAGCUCAGCUGGGAAAUUUGACUCUCUAUUUCCAGACACACUUUCUGCCUAUCUUUCUUCCAACUUCUUAUUCCAGGCAAUUAGUAAUUAUAACUAUAUAAUUGCUGCCACGCCGAGCUAUCAAUUUGUGAUUGUCCUCGCCAGCUACCUCCAGUGUCGGCUACUUUUUUGACUCCUUAUUUUCCUUACUUCUUCCUUCCUCAUCCUUUCCACGUAAAUUCCAAUCUUUUCCUUGAAAGUUGAAUGUUAUAUUACAAGUUGUAAUUUACAACAACAACUGAAUGAAACAGGCAGCUUCCACUUGUUAUCUUAAUUAAACUGCACUACUAGUCUCUUCAAAACAACCCAAAGAUGAACCGGUCUUGCAAUAAUUUGCUGAGGCUUUACCUCCAAAAAACUGGAAGUGGAGGACUUAAAAAUAAUGUACAUUACAACAACUCGGCUCGGGUGUUUUUUCUUGGGACGAGAACUUUACAUCAUUUUGCCAGCAGGGCUAAUAACAGACUAGUCCAAGCAGACGUCAGAAAAUGGAACUCUAUAAGUGAAAAUGGCCAAGUCAAGCGACAGUACUCAUCUUAUCCGGAUCAUACCACGGUUUCACUGCCAGCCCUCUCGCCCACUAUGGAAAUGGGAACGAUUAUUAGUUGGGAGAAGAAGGAAGGAGACCCACUGAGUGAAGGUGAUUUGUUAUGUGAGAUUGAAACUGAUAAGGCAACUAUGGGAUUUGAAACGCCGGAAGAAGGUUUUCUUGCCAAGAUUCUCAUUGCCGCUGGAAGUAAGGAUGUACCCGUAGGAAAGCUGGUCUGUAUCAUUGUCCCAAACGAGGCAGAUAUUGCUGCAUUUAAAGACUUUAAGGAUACAGAGGGAGCGGCACCACCACCUCGCAAAACCCCAGCUCCUGCGAAAGCUGCUGCCGUUGCCCCUCCCACAGUAUCAGCACCAACACCUUCACCAACCAUUGUUUCUGCCACCCCAGCCGCUCCUGUAGGAGGUCGAAGGUUUGCGUCGCCUCUGGCAAGAUCGUUGGCUGGAGAGAAAGGAAUUGAUGUCGCGUCUCUUGGGCAAGGUUCAGGAUUUGCUGGUUCUAUCACGUCGAAAGAUUUGUCCAAGGCACCAAGCGCUGGAGUAGCUCGACCGGUUGCCGGUGGAGCUCCGUUUAUCGACAUCCCUGUUUCCGGAGUUAGAGGAGUCAUUGCUAAGAGGUUGUUGCAAUCUAAACAGACAAUUCCUCAUUACUAUUUGACGGCCGAAGUUGAGGUUGACCAGCUGCUGGCAUUGCGUGAACAGUUUAAUAAGACGCUGGAUAAGCAAAAAGUUAAAUUGUCCGUGAAUGAUUUUAUUAUUAAAGCAACAGCAAUGGCGUGCCUCAAAGUUCCAGAAGCAAAUUCUGCAUGGAUGGACACCGUGAUUCGACAGUACAGCUCUGUUGAUGUUAGUGUGGCUGUCAGCACAGAGAAUGGAUUAAUAACUCCAAUCGUCUUUUCGGCCGAUGCUAAGGGUGUCCUCGAAAUUAAUCAAGAAGUCAAAGAACUUGCGGGGAAAGCAAGAGCUGGAAAGCUCCAACCUCAAGAAUUUCAAGGAGGAACAAUCACCGUAUCGAAUUUAGGAAUGUAUGGAGUUUAUAACUUUUCUGCCAUUCUAAAUCCACCUCAGUCCUGCAUUUUGGCCGUGGGUGGAACUUCAAAGAGAGUCGUCCCUGCUGAUAAUGAAAAAGGGUUCAAGGUUGUCAAUGUAAUGUAUGUUACACUAAGUUGCGAUCACAGGACGGUGGACGGAGCUGUGGGAGCACAGUGGCUACUCAACUUCAAAUCCUUCUUAUCCAAUCCAGCAGCAAUGAUCCUGUAAAUUUUAAAAACAACCUCAGAUAGUAAAACUAUGUAAACGCUGGUCAAAUUACAAAAUGACAAGUUGAAAACAUUUAUAAUUGAGAUGAAAGUGAAAUAACAUCUGCUAGUACAUCAGA